CGAUGUUUUAGUGCAAUUCAACCAAGCAACGUCUCACAAAUGCCGUGACCCUCAUGAACCGGACACUCAGAGGUCAACACCGACACAUCCAUCCACAUCUGUACACACAAAAAUCGAUUGCAACUGAUUGAUACGCCGGCGUACGCGUACACACUCAUACACACAGAGAUACUCGUACACACAUAUAACACGCACGCAUACAUCGGUAUACAUGCCAUCAAAACCCGCCCACGCCAUCACUGCCUGCAGCCGCUGCCUCCCUCUCGGCCUUUGAAUCAAUCAAUCGAUCGACCAGCCAAUCGACAUCAGCCGAUCAAUCACAGGUGUGUCCAAUCCCCGUCAUCCUCCUCCUCAUGAUCAUCAUCCUCGGGCAGCGCCUCCUCGCUCAGGACACUGGGAGUGCUCUCGUCCGACUCGCUCACUCGGUGGUCGCCGUCACUCGGCAGGCGGGGCAGAUGGAUCACCGACGGCGGCAGGCAGGGACCGUCACCAAGCGAAUGCGAUGUCGCUGAAUGAGCCAUGACGGGCGAGGAGGGCUUCACGGUCUCCCACUCAUCCCCCUUUGUGUCGGUGGCAGUGUCGACCAUGAGCCAGGCGUUGGCAGCCAGGUUCGCGCCUGGAGGACUGCGAGCAGCAUCGAGGUCACGGCACCUGAAUGGACGCAGCACACAAACGACGGCCAUCGAUUGACUGUGUCUGUUCGCCACCCAACCUCUUCUGCCCUACCUGCUCUGCUGGACAUGAGUUGGCAGCGCUGCAUCUUGGUCGCCGAGGGCGUCAUGCGCUACAUGAGUCCACUGGGCUCCUCUGGCCGCCUUGUGCUGCCUCAGCUGCGACGUGCGGGAUCGAACGAGAGAAGCAGCCUUUUUUGAUGUGAACGAGAGAAGCUUGAAGCAGCUGAUGCAGCCUGGGCUGCCAUGCUCUCCACGCAGCUUCAUCUUCGUG